ACGACGGAGGAGAAACUGUACUCUGAUCGGAGAGAUCGAAUUUUGGAAUCGAGAUCUUUGGUUCCUGAAAGUUCAGAGCAAAAUGAUUCACUUUGUGCUUCUUAUAAGCAGACAAGGAAAAGUGAGGUUGACGAAAUGGUAUUCUCCUUAUACUCAGAAGGAGAGAUCCAAGGUUAUCCGUGAGCUUAGUGGAAUGAUUCUAAAUCGGGGGCCUAAGCUCUGUAACUUUGUGGAAUGGAGGGGACUCAAAGCUGUAUAUAAAAGAUAUGCUAGUCUUUACUUUUGCAUGUGCAUUGAUCAGGAUGACAAUGAAUUAGAGGUCCUUGAAUGUAUUCAUCAUUUCGUUGAGAUUUUGGACCGUUACUUUGGCAGUGUCUGUGAGUUGGAUUUGAUCUUCAACUUUCACAAGGCCUAUUAUAUACUGGAUGAGCUUCUAAUAGCUGGCGAACUCCAAGAAUCAAGCAAGAAAACAGUAGCAAGAUUGAUAGCCGCACAGGAUUCGUUGGUGGAGACAGCAAAGGAGCAAGCUAGUUCAAUAAGUAACAUAAUUGCGCAGGCCACCAAGUAGGAACACUUCAGUGUAUGUUUCAGUUUUUUGGUGAAUUGAGUUGUUCUGAAACAUUGUAAUUAUAUGUUAUCUGGACUUGUAUCAUACAAGUGAAUGCCUUGUUUUUGCUUAUUUUCAUUUGUAGAAUUACACAAAUUGUUGGUGUUCUAGUGAUUUCACCUGCCUGGUUAAAUGUCUGCUGGAUUGUUCUAUUGUUGAUCACAAAUACAAACGUUAUUGCUUGCUA